GGGGGGGUGAAGGCGGAACAAACCGGUGAGCGCUCGGUUUACAUGCUGGAGCUGCUGCCCGCACUGCAGAUUAUUAACCCUUCGAGCCCCGGAGAGGCAGCAGACAUGGAGAGGAUGUGUCGGAGCAUCUCCUGACUGAGCAGUCAUCAUCCAGCCAUCAGCCUCCUCGGGGAUCCCAGGGCCGCCUCCUAACCUCGGCUCAUCCCUCGCUGCCUCAGAGAGUGUCUGGACUGGAGCCAGCACUGUAAGGAUGGGGGGAAUCAUGGAGGAGAGCGAGCUGGGAGUCUGAGCAUUAAGCUGUUAGAAACAGUAGAAACCUCAGAGACUGAAGAACUCCCAGCAUGGCCCGGUUUUUACCCAGAGGCUGAAUCUGGCCCGUCGUUUCUGUGUGUUUGAACGCAGCAACAGGGAGUGUCUGCUCUCCCGAGGGAGGUUGUAGCGUUCGCUCUUGGUGUUCCGGAUGCAGAACAUCCUCGAUCAGAACUUAGACAUGGCCACAGCUCUGCUCGCUGGCGAGAAGCUGAAGGAGCUGAUCCUGCCGGGCUCCUCCCAGGACGAGAAGGGCGGGGCUUUGGCGGGCCUCAUGGUGCAGCUCAAACUGGAGCUGCCCUUCGACCGCGUCGUCACCAUAGGGACGGUCAUCAUCCCCAUCCUGCUGGUCACGCUUGUCUUCACCAGGAACUUUGCAGAGGAGUCCAUCUACUGCUACACACCCCACAACUUCACCAGAGACCAGGCGCUGUACGCACGGGGCUACUGCUGGACAGAGCUGCGGGACGCCUUACCUGGAGUGGAGCCUCACCUGUGGCCGUCACUGUUCGAACAUAAGUUCCUGCCCUACGCCCUGCUGGCCUUCGCCGGGAUCAUGUACAUCCCGGCUCUGGGCUGGGAGUUCCUGGCCUCCACGCGGCUCACUUCAGAGCUCAACUUCCUGCUCCAAGAGAUCGAUAACUGCUAUCAUCGAGCCGCCGAGGGCCGAGCCCCAAAGAUCGAGAAGCAGAUCCAGUCCAAAGGACCGGGCAUCACUGAGCGGGAGAGGAGGGAGAUCAUCGAGAACGCAGAGAAGGAGAAGAGCCCCGAGCAGAACCUGUUUGAGAAAUACUUAGAGAGACGAGGCCAGAGUAACUUCCUGGCUAAGCUUUACCUGGCACGCCACCUGGCCAUUAUCUGCCUCAGCUCCAUCCCCAUCACCUACCUGAGCACCUACUACGCCCGGCAGAGGCAGAACGAGUUCACGUGUGCUCUGGGUGAGCCUCCGGACAUCAGCAGCUACGUGGAGUUAAAGCUGAAGGUGAACUGUAAGCUGCCCGCCGUGCAGCUGCAGCGAAUCAUGGCAGCUGUGGACAUCGCUCUGCUCUGCACCAUGAACCUCAUCAUCCUGGUCAACCUACUGCAUCUGUUUGUGGUGAGAAAGUCCAACUUUGUGUUCGACAAACUGCAUAAAGUCGGGAUAAAAACCCGACGGCGCUGGCAGAAGUCCCAGUUCUGUGACAUCAACAUCCUGGCCAUGUUUUGUAACGAGAACCGAGACCACAUCAAGUCGCUCAACCGUCUGGACUUCAUCACCAACGAGAGCGACCUCAUGUACGACAACGUGGUCAGGCAGCUGCUGGCGGCGCUCGCACAGUCCAACCAUGACGCCACACCCACUGUGAGGGAUUCUGGGAUACAGACGCUUGACCCCAACAUGGACCCCACCGACCUCGGGGUGGGAGAGAUGGCCGGGGAGCCGCUGGUCAUCAAACGACCUCGAAAGAAGAUGAAAUGGAUCCCAACCUCAAAUCCUCUCCCUCAGCCGUUCAAGGAACCGCUCACUUUGACCCGUCUGGAAAAUAACGCCAAGCCUGAAAAACCCAAACCGCUCAGACGGAAGACGGUCGCCGACAGCUUCAUCGCACCACUUCUGGACAGCAAAAGCACACAGCAUCCUGCAACUAAAGAUAUCAGUGGGAUGGAGAAAAAGCACACUCGUAACUUCUCCCUGGACGUCCACCCGUACAUGCUGACCAUCCGUAAACCGAAGGUGGAGACCACGACCACAGAGCCUCUGCCUGCAGAGCACAACCUGGAUGCAGUGUACCUGGAGGGCACCCAUACUAUAGUUCAUGUUUCUGGUGCAAUCACAGAAACCAAAGUCUGCUCUCCAGAAUCGACCAACUCCGCCUUUUCUACGAUGACCCUGCCCACCACCACCUACGUGAACGGCGUGAGCCCGAACCCUCCCUCCAGUGAGGACGCCCUCAGUCCCAAGUCCUCCCCUCCUCCUCCUCCUCCUCACAGAGAGCCUCUCCUCCAGGCAGAGAAUCCAGAGUCCCAGCCUCCGCCGCUGACCAGGGCCCCCACCCACCAGCUGCUCAGCAUACACCACACUCUGUUUGAGGAGGACGAGGACGAAGAAAACCGCAGGAACCGGCUGGCCGAGAGACCCGGGGAGCUCAUCGCUGCUGGGGAAUGUUGAAGGAGGAGGAGGAGAAAUGAUGACGAUUUCUUUCACUCCGACACUUCGCACACGACCACCAUGCCAGUCGCCUCGUUCUAACGCCUCUGCUCUUCGACAGAACCUCCGUGACGGCUGGAUCAGGCCGACCCAUGAGCAGAUCUCAGACUGGCAGAGAAGACUCUACUUCCUGUUAAAAACAAAAUGACUUCUAGAUGAAGAAAUUAACAGGAGAGGAUCAGACAAACAGAAAAUGAAUGCAUACAUGGACUUGAGUAUCCUGGUUUUGGGUUUUGGUUUCAGACCAGGAUAGGCCGUAGUCCUGGUUUGGAGAAACCUGGUUUUGCUCCUUAGGGAUCACUAAAAGAAAGCAAGAAAAUCCAGCCUAUAUUAGCCUCAGCCUGUUUUGCAUCAGAGCAGUAAAUCUAAAUUCAGAUUAGAUCAGGAUAUUUCAUCCUGCAGUUUUCAGAUCACAGGAGGGUCAGCCUGUCUUUGGCCUGAAAUGAUCAAAAUACCCGCUGAAUAACAGAGAUGUUAGGAUGUGAAGUUUCCUCUCUGAAAGCCUCAGGCUGAUUUAACUCCUGGUUAUUGUGAGUAAUAGAAUGUCAGCGUAAUAUUUAAUUUUUUUUUAGCUUUAUUACUCAUCAUUUAUUUUAAACUCACACAGAGGAAGAAAAGUUUCCUAAUCUCUGGAAAGUUUGUGUGUCAUAAAAACUGCAGCUCACGUCCCUCAGCUCUCAGACAGAAUGCCAAUCUUUACUCUAUUCAUGCUGUGCUGUUACUAUUCUUAAUGCAGUAAGGCCAGUUUGCAUGGAAAAGGACUUUUCCCUAAAUGACUACAUAACGGCUCAGCGUCUCUGUGCGCUGGUGCAUCUGUGCAGCCUUAGGCCAACAACACAACAAGAGGAGCACUGAGGCUGUGCCUUUUGACUGAUUUACAAAGUUUAAGUGUACGCACUCUUAUGUUUCAGCUGACAACAGUUUCUCAGUGAAUUAUUCUAACAGCAGCAUGUGACACAUCUCCUGUAUUAUCUGGUUUAAUAUGAGCACAGAGAAGUGUGGUGGGCGUGUUUCUACAAAGUCCACUUGUUUCCUGUUCUGACUACAGCCGUGUUUCCAUCAGGGGGUCUGGUUUGAUUCAGUUCAGUUUGGUAUGGUUUGGUACGCUAAACCCCAAAAUAGUUUGCGUUUCCACAGACAGCCGUGCUCUCACUUGGUGGACGGGCUGUAAAAGCAUGAAUGUGAAGUCUCAGUCAGCGCAAGUCAGCUGGUCCAGCCACAGAGUUAUAGAAAGGAUGAGUGACAGGAAUCAGUAGAGAAUAAGCAGUAAACAGCUUUAUUU